UGGUCACCUUGGCUCUCCUAAACAUGAUCACAACAACAGAAGGUCGAAAGUAAGUCUCGUUAGUUCGUGAAAGCUAAAUUUAUUCUAUAUUUAACCUCACAGUUUAUUUUUCUACAUUUUCCUCGUCAAGAUAACAUUUUCCCUUUUAUUCGGCAGAGCUGACCCAGGAUCAGCCAUCGUUAAUUCCAUACAGGUAUGUUACUUUCAGUUUAUUAUCUCUAAUCUAUUUCAAACCAAGAUCAUUUAAUGGUUGGCCUCUUUACAACUAAAAGAAUAGCGACCGGAAGAUGUUUUGUAUUACUUACUUCUUGGCUUUUUUCUUUAAACUCAGGAUGCUACCAAAAGAAUGAAAAUCAUGAGAGCCGGAUUGAGCAGGGGUCUGGGGGAAUGCCAAAGGCUAUAUAAAGACGAGCUCUGGGACUGCAGUUUUUAUAACAAAAGCGUGACUGGAAAUUUACCUGACUUUGUUCAAAGAACUUUGCCUUAUGGUAAGAGGUCUUAUAAUCAUUUCAUGCAUGCAUCAUACACAAGGUAACUUGACUCUGUUUUAAGCAGGACUAAGUACAUUGCGGAUAUUCAAGCUUCUUAUUCAAGCUUCUAUCUCGGGAUCCUUCUCAUUCUACUUUUAUGAUCAAAUUAAUAACAAAGAAUAAUGGUAAAAACCAUGAUGAUAAACAUUAUAUUGAUAAAAAUAAUCAUUGACCUGAGAUUUGUAGAUAGAUUUAGAAAAUAAAGAGAUUUUCCUCGUGGUAUUAUUCCCUUUUUUUUCAAAUGUCUUAAGCUAUUUAACUUAUAUUUCUAAACAGCUAACUUCUUUCUGUUGCAGCGAACAAAGAGACAGCGUUUCUACAUGCAAUCACAACUGCUGGCAUCCUACAAGAAAUCGUUUCUCAGUGUGCUGCAAAUAAAAUCACCGAAUGUAGCUGUGACAAAAAAGCACAACGAACUUCUAAAUGUGGGAACAACCUGACGUUUGCCGCGGAGGUGACGCUGAACCUCUUAAGAACUCGACCACAAGGGAACAACGAUCGAAGAGAAAUCGACGAAAAGAAUCAAAAUGUGGGAAUAGAGGUAAAUGAGAUUUACUUAUUUUAUUAAUUCUAAUAUUUCAUUUUUUGUUUGCUCACUUAUCUAUCAAUUUUGCCAAUUUUACCUAUCAUUUGUCUCUUUCAACCAUAAGACAAUAAUGGCAUCUCAUUUUUGAGGAAUCGAUUAAGAGGUCACGUCUCCUCUAACUGUGCUCUACGUGCAUUCUCCUUGGGGUUAUUUUACCAAAUGAACUCUAAAAUUGUUUCUAUGCUGGGAGCGACAAGAAGACCCAACCUGGCUUAAAGGGUAAUGUGUUUUCAAACAGGAUAUGCAGUUUAGCAUGGAAACUAGACUAAUUUAAGGCGUGAACUUGGCGUUGUGUUAUCAAUAUGAGUGGCAUGAACAACUCUUGUUAAUCUAUAUUCCAGAAUCUCAUAUUCCUUGGAAACACUUAAAUUUUUUUUUUCUUCCGGGAGGAAACACCGCCUUUACAUAUUCACUUGCAAAGACACCUGCUUAACGCUCGUAGCUAUUGGCGAAACUCUGCGAUCGCUACCAUAGUGAUUGCCUAUGGGCUUCCUAUACAACCAGCCUUGGCACUAAGCUAUGGUUUGUAUGGUUAAUACAAUGCCCGCUGAUUAUUCUGACCAAUGUUUUCGUAUUCAAAUAGGUUUUCAAGGGGAAUUACAAGAAUUGUCUGAGUAGAGUGCCUAAAAAAUGCGAUAAAUGGCAGGAAGUUGCAAAAGAACUAAAAAACAAAUAUCAAUCUGCCGUCAAGAGCAAUAAUGUGCAGCAGCAGCAGCUCAGUAUGGGAAAGGUUUUCCGGAGAAAUCACAUGCAGCUGCUGGUACUAACUUAUCAGGAUUCGUCGCCUGAUUAUUGCCAGCGUAAUGUGACCGCUGGCUCUCCAGGCCUGGAAGGAAGGGUCUGCGGAAAUGAUGGAAGAAAAACACGUCACUGCAGGUCACUGUGUAGGCAAUGUGGCUUGAAACUCAUGAAGGAGAGGCGAGGGAGUCCAGUCAACACGGUUACAGUCUGCAGGCAGAGGAAAAGAAGCCACCAAAACCGUAAAGGUCAUAACAAGGGAAACCGUUCACCUUAAGAAAGCAUUUUCUCGUCAUUAUAGAUAAAUAGUUUAGGCCUUAUGUUGCUGAGGCAAUUUCAUUGAGAAAAGCACUUCGAGUUUUAGUCUUCACGUUCAGCUGCUUCUUAGUGUCAGGCUCAUAAAUGCAUCGCUUGCAAGUUUUAGUGACACAGUAAACCCACAUUUUUGUUUU